AUGUUUAGAACCAGUUUAAAUCUUUUAAAAGGUUCCAGGGCCUACCAUUCGGUCCAGCAUCCCUCCAGGAUCAUAAGCACUAAAGGUAUUGACGCGGUAGUGCUUAAGCAAGCCAUUACACACAUCCCCAAAUAUGGGUUUGAUUCUCUAUGUAUCACCCAGGCUAUAAGAGAGCUAGAGUAUCCCGACUCGCUCGUUCUGGCGCUUACCAGCUCUGCCAGCGGCGACUCGCUCGAGUUCCAGCUUGUCAAAUACUGGUUCCAAUCGCAACGACAAAAACUUAACGACUCCGUUGUGGAACCAUCCAACGAAUUUCAUCAAAUUAGCAACGAGUACGAAAGAACCAUGUUUUUGCUCAAACAGCGACUUCUGUACAACGAGCCCGUAGCACACCAUUUAGGCGGAGCUUUGGCUCAACUAGUAACCCCAUAUAAUGUCCAAACAUCUAUGGGAGAGCUUCAUGCUUUGGCUGAUGAUAUUGCAUUUUUUGCUGGAGACGAAUCGAAUGAUUUUGCAUGGUACACCAAAAGAUUUGGUAUUUCUACCAUCUACGUGGGUGCUGAGUUGUUUAUGAUGCAAGAUUCUUCUUCAAAUUUCAAAGCAACUUAUAACUUUGUAGAUGGUAAGGUGGAUGAGCUUCGCAACUUGGGUGCGGGAUACAACAAUGUUGAACAGUGGACAUUGUUCAAUGCUGUCAGCUUGGUCAAUUUGAUCAAGAGUCAGUUGACGAGGGGAUAA